AUGAGUGGACUCGCUACCACUUGCUGGUCGUGCCUGUCGGCCGUCGACCGAUGGUGUCAUAUAACCGCCUGUCUCGGGGCAGGCCGCUCUCGAGAAGACAUCUAUGAAACAACUCUAGCCGAUAAUGAACGAGAAGCGGUCUCAGAUCUACUAGGAUACUUAGAAAAUCGCGCCGAAACCGAUUUCUUCUCAGGAGAACCGCUGCGAGCUUUGAGCACUCUCGUAUACUCCGAUAAUAUCGAUCUACAGCGAAGCGCGAGUUUGACGUUCGCCGAGAUCACCGAACGAGAUGUACGGGAGGUAGACCGCGACACCCUGGACCCUAUCCUUUUUCUGUUACAAAGCUCCGAUCUAGAAGUCCAGCGAGCUGCCAGUGCUGCGCUGGGCAAUCUUGCCGUCAAUGGUGAAAACAAGGUCUUGAUCGUUGCCCUUGGGGGGCUGGCCCCUCUGAUCCGCCAAAUGAUGUCGCCAAACGUGGAAGUGCAGUGCAAUGCGGUGGGUUGUAUCACGAAUCUGGCUACACACGAAGAGAACAAGGCCAAGAUCGCUCGAUCGGGCGCGCUAGGUCCUCUCAUCCGGCUGGCCAAGUCGAAGGAUAUGCGCGUUCAGCGGAACGCGACUGGAGCGCUGCUCAACAUGACCCAUUCCGAUGAUAACCGACAACAACUUGUCAACGCUGGUGCCAUUCCAGUCCUCGUUCACCUCCUCUCCUCUCCCGAUGUUGAUGUACAAUACUACUGCACAACUGCCCUCAGCAAUAUUGCAGUCGACUCGACCAAUCGCAAGCGACUUGCCCAGACCGAGUCCCGUCUGGUCCAAUCAUUGGUCCACUUGAUGGACUCGUCCACCCCCAAGGUCCAAUGUCAAGCUGCUCUCGCCCUGCGCAACCUGGCUUCCGAUGAGAAAUACCAGCUGGAGAUUGUUCGGGCCAGGGGACUUGCUCCCCUGCUUCGGCUUCUACAAUCUUCCUACCUCCCUUUGAUCCUCUCUGCCGUUGCUUGCAUCCGCAACAUCUCCAUCCAUCCCCUCAAUGAGUCCCCAAUCAUUGAAGCAGGCUUCCUGAAGCCGCUGGUGGACUUGCUAGGUACCACUGACAACGAGGAGAUUCAAUGCCAUGCUAUCUCCACACUGCGUAACCUUGCUGCUAGCUCUGACAAGAACAAGGAGCUCGUCCUGCAGGCUGGUGCUGUGCAGAAAUGCAAGGACCUGGUCCUCCGGGUUCCACUAACUGUCCAAUCCGAAAUGACUGCUGCGAUCGCUGUGCUGGCCCUCAGCGAUGAAUUAAAAAUCCAUCUCCUCAAUCUAGGGGUAUUCGAUGUCUUGAUACCACUGACCAACUCUGAGAGUGUGGAGGUGCAAGGGAACAGUGCAGCUGCUUUGGGAAAUCUUUCUUCCAAAGUGGGCGACUAUUCGAUCUUUGUCCGUAACUGGACAGACCCGAACGGCGGUAUCCACGGCUACCUCCAACGAUUCCUCGCAAGUGGCGACCCGACCUUCCAGCAUAUUGCCAUCUGGACGCUUCUUCAGCUACUAGAAUCCGAAGAUAACAAGCUCAUCGGGUACAUCUCCAAGUCGGAAGACAUUGUACAGAUGGUCAAGUCAAUCUCCGACAAGAACAUUGAAUCUGACGAGGAGGACAUGGAUGAUGGCGAGGGAGAAGUGAUUGCACUCGCACGGCGGUGCUUGGAGUUGCUGGGCGCCGGUCCCAAACAGACUCUGGUUGAGGCAUAG